CCACAGUAACCACAGUAGACAGAACACGCACAAAUAUGCUCACCUGUCACAACUCCUGUAAUAGGUUUUUGUGGAUUUCAGAGAGCAGAGGUCAUCAGCUACAAGGCUGGUACACAAGCAGUAGUGAGGACUCUCAAUCAGGCAUAUCUGCCAGUAGCAUGGACCGCCAUUGUCCUGUAUGUUUACACGUAGCCAUUUUUCCUGUGGAGACAAACUGUGGGCAUCUAUUCUGUGCUCCUUGUCUUAUAUUGUAUUGGAAACACAGCUGCUGUUUAGAGGCUAUCAGCUGUCCUUUGUGCAGACAAAAGGUGAAUGUCAUGUAUCAGCUGUUCCAUGAGAGCAGAUCAGACAGGAAAGAGCAAGAGGUAUUGGGCCAUGUUAGAGACUACAAUAAACGCUAUUCUGGAGCACCACGACAAAUAAGUGACUACCUUUUUGAUGCUCCUUUCUUCCUGCUGCUUUUGUUCCGGGCUUUGGGAAACCUAGGAGGUUUGGUGUCGCUCUUCCUGCUAAGAGUGGCACUGUGUGGAUUCGGGGCAGCUGCAUCCUUUGUGUCUCCAUUAGAGAAUAUGCCUGGACACUUCAGCGGGGCAUUGGGGCUUUUAGAUGACCUAGUGGUAGUCUUCCUCCUCCUCAUCGCUAUCAUUAAUAUCCACCAGCAGAUGGUGCCAGAGAGGACAACCAGGCCACACACAGUAGAACAUGGAAUCCUGUCAGACAUGUUGUAAAAUGGAAGGCAAAGGAUACUGGAAAGCUGAGAAGCACCAUGAGGAGACAUAAAAACAGGGGAUUACCUGCAUCCUCUUUAUCAGACUUUAGCACCCAGCAAACAUAGUGAACAGGGUGGAUGUCAAUUUUUAAGCAGAAAAAAACUCUAUGAGCGGCUAGGAUGCCUUUAUUAGUAUUAAACAUGGGUCUCAAAAGAGUAACUCUUAAAGGCUUCCUAAUCCUGCUUGCUGUUGUCACUGAAUGAUGCUUAAAGGUGUAGGACUGUGAAUAUAAAAACCGUCCUUAUCAAUUUACUCCUAGUGCAUGCACACUUAGUGACGGUCUUAUGUGUGAUAGCUGUUUAUAAUCCUCAUUUUCCUCACUGAUACACUUCUGAUGUAAUAUAAUAAAGUAUUUUUAUAUUUUC